UUAAGUGUGAUGUUUGUUUUGUAGGUCGUCAAAGACUGCUGAUUUUACACUAACGGUAUUCCAGAGCACAAUCCAGCUUCGCAGUAAACCCCAUAUUUCGAUAGUGACAUCGUUUUCUUCAUUUGUCCUCCAUGUUCCGUGGCCCGAGGAGACGUGCACUUACGUCCAGCGACAGUUCAGAUGAUGGAGGCUCUCCACGGAAGAGACCAUCAAGAUCUGUGGCUUUUGUUAAAACACAUGUACACUCGGCAACUAAUCUACGUCCAGUGAACUCUCGUAAACGACGGGUGAGGAGACAUGAAUACAGUGACUCCAGCAGUGAUAGUAGUGUGAUACAACCCAGGAAGCAGCUGAGGAGGUUGCCUCUCAUCCAUAGUGAGGACUCGUCCACCAGUGGACAUGAAGAAAACCAAACUCAUCUCAACCCUGCGGUAAUUGAGAAAAUCUCAAGAUCUGGGAACAGUACAGCUGGGACUAGUGGAGUCUGUAGACAUUCUAUACACGGUGUGAUGAAUCGCUCGAUUGACAAUGCUGCAACCUCAAUCCAGAGAAUGGACAUUUUAGACUCUCCCACUAAUCCGAGUGUCAGUUCACAAAAAGUGUUUGAGAGACAAUCCAGUAGUAGCAGUUUUGAUAUCAGCCCGAGAAAAUGGCGUAAGAGACAAGCCUUAGUUACUAGUGACGAUGAUUCAGUCAGUAGUGAAGAAAUCCUGCAUCCCGCCCGACGUGGAGCUCUUAGAGCUCUGAGCGAUUACGAGAGCGGUGAGAGUCGGGAUAGAGGUCGUAGGCUAAACGUUAUUCGAACUAGAACUGUGUCCGAGUCUUCGAGUGAUAAUGACGUCGUUCAAACUAGGUUGGGCAGUAGAAGGAAAAAUCAGAUCGACCCGACGGUUACAUCUGAUUCGUCAGACAGUGGUAUGCCAGUUGGUUUUUGCAGAACUAGAAAGCGGAAGAGAAUAUGUUCGAGUGAAGAGAGUGAUUCAAAUCCGCCCAACAGAAGAACUAGAACCACACGGGGUUCAAAUAGUACUCGAAGUGAAACGAGCAGAACUGCAGGAAGUAGAAUCACUGUAAAUGAGCGGAACAGAAGGACUAGGCGAUCAACUAAUUCUGUAAAUAACGUUAAUAGAAGGAACUCAGUUCCAACCCCUAUGUUUGAAAUUAAUAGGGUAAUAAACAAUCCUGUAAAUGUAAGAUCAUCUGAUGUAGUGUACCAAAUAAGAACUAGGUCAGUUGUGCGUUCUCUUAAUGAACCAAUCAGAAGAGAUAGGGACACAAAUGGACCCAGUAGGGAAAGAAUAACAAUAAACUUCAUGAAUUCAGACAGAAGAAAUGGAAGAAGAGGAAUGAAUGAUACUAACAGGACCAACAUAGUCAGGCAUUCUCAUCGUGUUAGGGCACGGAGAACGACAAAUUACUCUCCAAAUACACAAAAUGUCGCAAAUCUCUCUCCAGCGAUAGGAAUCGCAAAUACUGUUUCCUCGGUCUACCCGGAUUCUCAAAAUGGUGACAGUGAUGUCAUGUUUACACACAAUGAUUGGGAUGAAACAUUCGUUGACAUGUUAUUGUCUUCUAUCAGUUCCUCCGAUUCAAAUGAUAGUUUUCCAAUUUCAAGGCCUAUUAGACUCGGUGCCAGAAGAAAUGUUCCAGUUCUUCAAGACUCUGAUGAAGAAAGCACAUCGACUACACAAAAUAGAGAUGUAGACCUGGCAGAUGAUAAUACUGUUCCAAAAUCAGAAGUUUCUGCUCCGACAAAAACAUCAGAAGUCUGUUCAACGUCCGAUUCAGAUGGUGAGUCCGAAAAGUGUCCCAUUUGUUUGACUCGUUUUAAUUUGCAAGAAGUAGGGAAACCAGCUGCUUGUGACCAUUCCUUCUGUGUACCUUGCAUCCAGGAAUGGGCCAAAAGUAAGAACACUUGUCCUGUGGAUCGGCGUCCGUUCCAGUCCAUUGUGGUUCGCUCACACUUACAGGGCAAAGUCGUCAGGGAAAUACCGGUCGAAACCCCGCCUGUGGCCAACUUCUGGGAAAGUGACGAGUGGUGGGAGACUCUGACAGUGAAUUAUUUCGUGGACGAAAUCGCCUCUUCUGAGUCGGAGGAGUAUUACUACGACAGUGACGGAGACGGGCCGGUGGAGAGGUGCACCGUGUGCCGCCAGAUUGAGGACAGUGAUGCGAUGAUUCUCUGUGAUUUUUGUGCGAGAGUCUUCCACAUGGCCUGCGUUACCCCUCCUCUCCAGUAUGUCCCCGCUUCGAACUGGUACUGUCCGCGAUGUGUGCAAAGUGGAAUCGUUUCUGACUCCGAUUAGAAGAACUACAGACUGGGAAUUGGUACGUCCCCUUCUUAAUUACCUCAUUUUGUGAAUAAAGCCUUAAAUAUAGUCUUGUGUUUCAAAUGGUCUUUUUGAGUCGUUCAGGUAUGUUGAAAAUCUUCAUGUGUUUAUUGUAAAUUUAAUAUAUUUAAAAUAGUUUUUAACCAUUCUUAAAGAAAACAGAACUUGUCCAUAGAAGAAACUACCAAAGUGUAGCAUCUAUAUCCAAACUAUUUUAAGCUAUAGCAAAUCAUAUUUUGGGGCAACAUAAACAUAAUUUAGGUACCAGAUAAGAAGAAGUGACAUUUUUAUCUGAAUAUUUAUGUAUCUUAAAUAGGAUUAUACAUUUUGUUAAAAAAGCAGUGCUUUGGAUGUUUUCAAAUAUACAAAGUUUCUCUGCUUCCAAGUUUCUAGGUGUGUUUCUCUAAUUGUUUGUUAUGUUGUUAUUAUUUAAUCUUGAAGGAAUACCUUCUAGAUGUGCCAAUAACACGUUAUUAAUAUACUGUUAACAAAUAUAAGUUUUUUAAUAUUUAUUAAUAUUUUACACGUGUUUAUGUAUUGGUGUACGCACCUGCUGCAGACUAAAUUCCAGAACAUAUUUACAUAUUUGGCAAUCACAUUAGUGUUAAUGCCAUCAAAAGUACAAGAUCAAUAUCUUCUCCAAUAACAGCAACCAUAUUCUAUGUUUUAACUUUCCUGAUUACGCUUAAGUUUGUGUCCCUGGCAAACACUAAAGUUUCAAUACUUCCAUCUUCUAAAUUUGCAAAUACAUAUUCGAAAUUUACAAUAUUUACUAUUUAUUUUCGUUAUUCAAAAUAUUGCAAUAUUUACUAUUUUUUUCGUUUUAAUGGCUAAUUUGACUAGCCUAAAAUAAAUAAGUUGUAAAAAAAGUUACAAAACACCACAUAAUUAUUUAUUUAUUAAAAAAACACUCAACUGAGAUAUAUGGUUGGGAUGAAUUUUUCGGUACAACAGACUGUAAAAAUUGACUGUAUUGUUAUCUAAGAUUUUUGCAUGCUUUUGAAUUGAAUUGAAUUGAAAAUAACUUUAUUCAUAAAGUAUACAGUGGUAUACAUUGAAUGGCGUCAUUAGAAAAAACUUAAAAGCUAAAAAACAUAUAUACAGUAUUGAUAAAUGAUAAAAGAACUAAGUUAAUUAUAGUUCAGCUAACCUAUACAAUGGUUUCUCUGUUACAUACAAUUUUAGCUCUUUUUAAAAUUCUUUAAAGUUGUCAAUGCCUCUCAAUUCCACAGGAAGCCUUGAUAAAAAUUUUGCACCUGCGCUUGAUGUUUUUUUGUUGAAAAAUUCAAGCCUAUGGGAGUCAAUGGCAAUUUCGUUUCUAUGUCUGGUAAAAUAUGUAUGUCUGUCACCUAGUCUAGGAAUUAAACUAUUAUUACAUAAUUGUUUUACAUGUAGUGUGGUAUGAAACAUAUAAAGGCUGUAGACAGUCAUAAUGUCCAAGUGAGAAAAAUGUUCGCGAACUGAAACGUCAAAAUUUAGAUUCAACAUGGUUCGUAUAGCUCUUUUCUGAAGAAGAAGAAUUCUAUCUAAGUUCUGCUUUGAUGUACCACCAUAAAUAGCAAUACCAAAAGCGACAGAUGAUUCGACCAGUGCAUAAUAGAGUGCCUUUAAUGUAUUAAUUGAACAAAAUUUGGACAUUCGGUAAAUAGCAUAUAUUCCUGAACUAACUUUACUUACUACAUGGUCAAUGUGGAGAUUCCAUGAAGUUUUCAUCUACAAUUAGACCUAAAAAUGUUGUGGAAGUUACUUUUUUCAAAACUUUAUUAUUGAUAUUUAUAACUGGAUCAAUGGGUUGUUUACUUUUCCCUGUUGAGAACAUGAUAAAAUUGGUUUUACUUGCAUUUAAUAAUGAAUUAUGGUUACUUAAAUAAUUGUUCAUACCAGUUAGACUUAAUAUUGAAUUAUUUUCUAAAUUAUUUAAUGAUUUUUCACUGAUCUUUAAACUAGCAUCAUCUGCGUAGAGGCACAAAUUUUUUGAUGGACCACCAGGAAAUGAAAGUGGUAGACCUUUUAAAUAACAGAUUAACAAUAGUGGGCCAAGAAUUGAGCCCUGUGGAACGCUGUGAUGAAUCUGAGCAAGAGGAGAGUGGCUGCAAAUGCUCCUCAAAGGAUUAUUCUUGUUCAUCCAUCACGAAAUUGUAUAAAAAAAAACAAUACUAUUGAUAACACUAAGUCUAUUGACGGUUAGAGGAAACUAUCUCGUCCGCUUGUUUUUGGUGUGAAAGCUGGACAAUGAUGCAAGCUUGUUCCGUAAAACCGGCAUAUCAUCGUAGUUAGAUUUUCAAACAGAUUAUUACCAAGAUGCUCUUUAGGAUACAUAUUUUAUCAGAACUACUGAAGAUGAGGGUACUCAUCGUGUUAUUAAAAACAAAGCAAUUGGGUUUGGUAGCACCAUAAAAUAGCUACUUCUCUUUUAUUUAAUAUUAAAAAUAUAAUUAGAGUAGUACACCUUUUUACAUAUAUAGGCAGUUUUUCCAUUCAGAAAAAUAUAAAGUGCAUUGUUAUUUAUUCAUACGUGUAAUAAAAAUACUUAUAAUAUUUUUUUUUUAAUCUGUUGCACAAGUUGUUUUAAUGAACAUUUGUACCAGGUAUUAAGGUAAAGUUAUUAUGACUGAUCUCUUGAACUCUUAUAUUUUUAUCAAAAUGAAUUACAAUGACUUCAUGCUGCUUGAAAGUCUGCUGCAGUGGGUUGACACUAAAUACAAAUUACAGAAACAUCCCUACUAUUCUGGUUUUGUCUCAGGUUAUGUUACGGUUUAAAAUUGGCUCGGUUACAAAGCAAUUAUUUCUCGCUGAAUAGUGCAGCAGACUGACAGACUCACUAUACUGUCAUUACAGAUAGACUGAUGCCAGAACUGUCAUCUGAGUGAUGAUGAUUCCCAAGUUAAUUGAGUGAAUACAGUGAAACCUCGAUAUAUUGAAACUCAAGAGGAAUACCGAGAAUUUUGAUAUAAUGAGGUUCGAUAUAUCAAGUUUGUUUGAGACAGACUUCAGUACGCAGAGGUCCACAACUACAGUAAUAAUGUAGGCUCGAUAUGAUUACUUUAUCGGGAAAUGUUUAGUAAGAAAAGAUCAUGAGAAUACCUAACAACUUUGCAAUGUCAAUAUUUUCUUAUUCCUAGUCCUGUACAUUUCUUAGCCCACAGUCUCUUUAAGUUUAACUUGAUCUGAUGGGAUAAAGUUUUUCGUCUUGCCAUUGCAUUUUUAAGCACAUUUGCUCUUAUAAUCUGAAACUUGAUAUGUAUUGGUUAAUAGUGGGCAAAAUUAAGGGUAAAAAUUAAACAUAUUGAGGUUAUUUACGUAAAACCUUCGAUAUAUAGAGGUAAAAUUAGCAUUGAAGUAAAUGUCAUAUUCAGGGGGAAAUGACAAAACUCUGAUUUAUCAUGGGAUUUCGAUAUAUCAAGGUUCCACUGUAUUAAAAUAUAAUUUAACAGCCUAUAUACUACACAUUCUGCUAUGAAACAAAAUUAUUAGGGUUUUAGUAACUUCUGGUGUCCACUUACUGUUUUAGUUCACACUUUAUUUAUUACUCUUUUACUGUUACAAUUUUUUAGAACAAUGUAAAAAACAUGUUAUUUUACACAUACUAAAACCUAUAACAUUACAUGAAAUAAUUACAACAAAUUACAUAAGGUUAUAGUAUAUACGUAUAUAUAAACAUUUAUGUGAAUUGAAACUAACAUAGUUGAACGUUGUUUCAUUAAAAAUGUUGUAUUUCUUCUAAAAUACAAUAUUGUUUAGUUACAUGGGGUCUUUUAUUUUUAACGUUUUAGAAAUCUGUUAUCUAAACAUAAAAAGGUAAAUUUAAAAAAAAUCUAGGGCCAUUGAAUAGUAAGUUAGUGAAGAUGUAGAUGGAGUAAGACAUAAAUAUUUCAAGGCCACUUCGAUAGACUUCACUUGAACAGUGUUGUAAAAGUAAAUUGUGAAGUGUGUAAUGUAAUGUGAAAUAUUGUAAAAAUUGUAAUUUAUUCAAGUGAAAUAUAUAUUACUGCCUUACUAGUAUCUUGUAAGACUGUCCAAGGUGAUAUAUUUUAGUUUUCAAGAUGUUUAAAAAAUAUAUAUAAAAAUAGUUAAAGCAAA